CCACAACUAUACAUUUCCAGCUCAGGGCUUGACGUUAGUCAAAUGCAUAACUUUAGUAAUCCUGAAGACUUCAAAAAACAUCAGAAUUCAUAGGUUGCCCUUCAAGCAAGCCAGUUUACUUACUUGCUUCAUAACCAUUAAUUGGAUAUAUGCUAUGUUGACAACAGCAGCGCCUUUGGGGUUCACUAAAUGACAGCAGUAUCAGAAUCGUCAUUACAUGAGGCGCCCACCUUGUGCCUAGAGAUACUGAGGCAGUAGCGUGAGACGAGUCCGCAGCCCCAUAUCAACCAGUAACUCAUCAAAGAUCAUCGAGACUAGGCUGGUCUGAUACUUCGUAUGAGGUUUCAAAGCAUUGCGACUCACGUGUCGCUACGGAGCGGGAGAUCGUGAAAGCUGAUCAGGAGUUCGUUAUGAGUUAUGAGUUGGGGGUUUCAAGACAGGGGCUGGGUUUACAAUGACCGGACCGGCGCCGGAAACUCAACCCUAGUCUGUUUCUCAGCUCUCGAAUGGUCUCAUGAUAUGGCCCUUGACAUUCUCGCUUUUCUACGCCAAUGAUGUGAAUUGAGGCCCCCGAGACUAGCACACGCUAGUCCUCCUUAUACACUAAGAGUCUGCUAAGAGAUAGGAACCCGGCAUCUUGGUUCGUGCUAAUAAGAAAAAGCCAUCAGAUCAACAUGUCUCCGCAUUUCAAUAUCUCCAAACCCCCACGAUGCCAUCAACUAGAGCUGCAGCGCUCAUCGCCCUUCUCGACAACAUUCAAGUCAUCGAUUGCGAAGAUGAUUUUGAUGGCCAGGGCGAUCGCGUAGCCGUCGCAGAAGCAACGCGACGACUGCUCGCUCGUCUGGAAACGCCCUUUGAGCGCGCAUGGCGCUUAUCGUGGAUUAAUGGCAAUACGCAUAUGGCCGUGCAGGUCAUCAUGGACGUCGGAAUAUGGGAGGCGUGGUAUCUAAGCAAACAACGCGAGAUCUCACUCGUUGAGCUCCACGCUUUGGCUCGAACACCCUGCGAUUUGAGGCUUAUCCGUCGCUUGUUUCGUCUUCUAGCUGCGGAAAACGUCAUUCGCGAGCUCGGAGAAGAUCAAUUCGGUGCUACCGCCUUCUCAGACGCUUUGGGGCAGACCAAUGAGCCUGUCGCACAAACGAUUCUGUCGGGAACACAUCACGGUUUGGAUUCGACUCGGAAGUUCCCAGACUUCCUGGCACAGACAGCUUAUGCUGAGCCCUUAGACCCCACAAACUCAUGCUAUAUGGACCUAACACCCGAGCGGCUGGGCAUGUUCGAGCGAUGCCGCGCAAAUUCGGAGUAUCAAGCUAGCUUCACCGGGUUCAUGCGUGGGCUCACAGCUUAUAAGCUUGACUGGACUGAAAUCUACGACACCAAAAUCAUCAUGAGUGACUUUGACACGAAUAGCGAAGCACCGCUCUUUGUUGACAUCGGAGGUGCUCAUGGCGUAGAUGUAGAACGCUUACUGCGUCGAUAUCCCGAAUUGCCGAGCGGAAAACUUAUUUUACAGGACACACCAGAAGUCCUCGCGCUGGCGAAAGUGAGUGAGAAAAUCACAGUACUGGCUCACGACUUCUUCACGCCUCAACCCAUAAGAGGGGCUCGAGCUUACUUCACACAUGCUAUUUUACACGACUGGGAUGAUUCGGAUGCAGGGCGCAUCCUCAAUCAAACCGCUGUCGCAAUGAAGAAGGGAUAUUCGAAGCUCCUGCUCUACGAGACUGUCCUUGUGAGCAAAGGAGCGAGCUUAUAUCAGAGCGUCUCUGAUGUCAGUCUUAUGCAUUUGAUAUCCGCAGCCGAUCGAACAGAAACGAGAUGGAGGGAGCUGCUUCGGAAGGCCGGUUUCGAGGUCCUCAAGAUAUGGCAGCACCCGUCAUCAUUAGAGAGCAUUAUCGAGGCUGAACUGGCAUGAAGUAGAGGAAGCUUGUGGUGCUACUGGAUGCUUCUAUGCCCAUAUGAGAAAUAUUUGGAUACAAAGGGUAUAAUUGCAGAUAUACCCAAUAAUUUCCCUUGGUAUAGUAAUCCUAAAAUGUGGCUUGUUGUUCGCCUCCCUGUGUAAAAAGGUCAAUGCGAGGGGGUCAUUGGAUCCCGGUCUGGUUUUCCUAGCUGGGGGAAGACGUGGAGUGAAUGGUAGCCAUGCAAAGUUGGUAUAUAUAAUGAUGUUUGUACUUUUAAGACAUAUUGAAAUAUUCUCUAUCCCUUGUCAUACCACAUAC